UCAAACAGGUUCAGUAAAUUCUACAAAGAAGAAUCAUAGUUAAUAAUAAGCGGCUGCUGACGGACUCGGAGCUCAUUCCUCUGCUCCAGAAUUAGAAAAUUACCAGCAACAAAACUCAGAGCCAACUGAACUGCGCCUCGGAUUCCAACCGAGCGCGUCUGGAAGAGGAUUAACUUUGAGCAAACUGUAACAUCAUGUCGCAGGAAGCCCACGUUGUUAAGAAGAAACGACCACCGGUGAAGGUGGAAGAUAUUAAAGGAGCUCGGAAUAAACUGGGGACUGAAAAGAAAAUCCAGUCCAAAACCUACCAGGUUCUCCAGCAAUGCGAGCAGGAAGGUGCUGUUGCUCCUUCUGUCUUCAGCAACGUGAGAACAGGACAAGAGACGGUGUUCACAAAGGGAGCCGGAGAUCAGCCAAAGAGCGUCUUCAGUAAAUGAGAAAAUUCUGCAUCCAAUGAAAUUUGAUCCUAAAGUGAGAAUACCUGUAAACUAAUUUUAUGAAACCUCAAUGUUCUUGCCUGAAGUGAAGAAAUCCUGUUUAUUUUUAUAUGAUUAAAAAAUUAAAGUCACUUCCUGAUUUCACAUCCCACAGGCCAAGUGGAUUUGAUUUAUAAAGGUAUAAAGUGUUUGGAUCAGAAAAGGACCUGAUUAGAAAACAAGAUUGUAAUGUCAAAACUCUUCAAAUAAAUGAACCAUUUAAGGUUUGUGACUUUAA